UUUUUUCUCUAUAAAAACCAAUGUAGACUUAUAGCCAUUUUCUCAUUACGAAAAAUAUUACUGUACUAAUUUCUUCUUCUUACAGCCCAAUAAAUUAAUUAUUCGCAGCGAUGGCAAACAUAGGAGGUAUUACCGAUGUUCCUGCAGGAUCCGAAAACAGCGUUAAGUACCAAGAUCUUGCUCGUUUUGCUGUCCAGGAUUUUAAUCAGAAACAGAAUGCUCUUUUGGAGUUUGUGAAGGUUUUGGGUGUGAAGCAACAAGAAGUUGCAGGAAUGAUGUACUAUAUAACACUCGAGGCAAUUGAUGGUGGAAAGAAGAAAACAUAUGAAACCAAGAUUUGGGAGAAGGAAUGGGAGAAGUUCAAGGAAGUUCAAGAAUUCAAGCUUGUUGGUGAUGAUACUAUUAAAAUAGGAGGUAUUACCGAUGUUCCUGCAGGAUCCGAAAACAGCGUUAAGUACCAAGAUCUUGCUCGUUUUGCUGUCCAGGAUUUUAAUCAGAAACAGAAUGCUCGUUUGGAGUUUGUAAAGGUUUUGAGUGUGAAGCAACAAGUAGUUAGUGGAAUGAUGUACUAUAUAACACUUGAGGCAAUUGAUGGUGGAAAGAAGAAAACAUAUGAAACCAUGAUUUGGGUGAAGGAAUGGGAGAAGUUCAAGGAAGUUCAAGAAUUCAAGCUUGCUGGUGAUGAUGAUCCAGACAAGCGAGGUAUUACCGAUGUUCCUGGAGGAUCCGAAAACAGCGUUAAGUACGAAGAUCUUGCUCGUUUUGCUGUCCAGGAUUUUAAUCAGAAACAGAAUGCUCUUUUGGAGUUUGUAAAGGUUUUGAGUGUGAAGCAACAAGUAGUUCAAGGAAUAAUGUACUAUAUAACACUUGAGGCAAUUGAUGGUGGAAAGAAGAAAACAUAUGAAACCAAGAUUUGGGUGAAGGAAUGGGAGAACUUCAAGGAAGUUCAAGAAUUCAAGCUUGCUGGUGAUGCCCCAGGGAGUUAAUUAACUAUUGCUUGGUAUAUGAAAUUACUCUUAUGUUGGAGAUAAAUAAAGUCAUUUUUAUGUGAAAGUAUUUGGAUGUCGUAGUGUAAGUGUGUAUAUACACUACUAUAAAGUUUUUAAGGUAUUGAAAAUGUUACUUAGUUCAA